CUGCUCCACAGUCACUAACCUAUCGAGUUGAAGCGUGUUUGGAAGUUUGGAAGCUUCACUGUCUGAGAAAGAAGCCGGAGGUGGAUUUUAAGUGAAACCUAAAAGUUGUAUCAGACGAAGAUCACCUGAUUCCAGCAAAUAUGGAUGGAAAACUCACUUGUGACCAGUGUGGGAAGACUUACACCCGCAUGCAUCAGCUUAAGAAACACCUACGCAUCCACCCUGGAGAAAGACCAUAUGAGUGUGAACAGUAUGGGAAGACUUUCACCCAAGUAGCAACCCUUAGGACACACCUGCGCAUCCACAGCAGAGAAAGACCAUAUUCAUGUGAGGAGUGUGGAAAGGCUUUCACCACCAAUAGUGACUUUAAGACCCACCUACGCAUCCACAGUGGAGAAAGACCAUAUGACUGUGAACAGUGUGGGAAAACUUUCGCCCAGAUGAGUGGCCUUAAAGUACACAUACGCAUACACAGUGGUCAAAGACCAUAUCACUGUGAACAGUGUAGAAGAACUUUCACCCAGAUGAGUAACCUUAAGUCACAUCUACGUGUCCACAGUGGAGAAAGACCAUAUGACUGUGAACAGUGUGGAAAGGCUUUCACCACCAAUAGUGACUUUAAGAAACACCUACGCAUCCACAGUGGAGAAAGACCUUAUGACUGUGAACAGUGUGGGAAGACUUUCACCCUCAUGCAUCACUUUAAGACCCACCUACGCAUCCACAGUGGAGAAAGACCAUAUGACUGUAAACAGUGUGGGAAAACUUUCGCCCAGAUGAGUGGCCUUAAAGUACACAUACGCAUACACAGUGGUCAAAGACCAUAUCACUGUGAACAGUGUAGAAAAACCUUCACCCAGAUGAGUAACCUUAAGUCACACCUACGUGUCCACAGUGGAGAAAGACCGUAUGACUGUGAACAGUGUGGGAAAACAUUUACCCACAAUCGUAGCCUUAAGACACACCUACGCUUCCACAGUGGAGAAAGACCAUAUUACUGUGAACAGUGUGGGAAAACUUUCACCCGCAUGAGCAGUCUUAACAUACACAUACGUGUCCACAACGGACAAAGACCAUAUUACUGUGAACAAUGUGGGAAGACAUUCGCCCACAAUAAUAGCCUUAAGACACACCUACGCUUCCACAGUGGAGAAAGACCAUAUGACUGUGACCAGUGUGGGAAAACUUUCACUGAGAGGAGCAACCUUAAGAGACACCUACGCAUCCACAGAGGAGAAACACACCAAAACAGUUUGAGUGUUACAAAUGUGAACAAAGAUUCUUGCCACACUCUUCUCUCUCCUACCAUCAACACAGAUGUGAAUCACCAUCUGGACCAAACAGUACCUCAGCAUCAGAUGACAACAAGAAACGCAGUGUCUAAACCAGCAGCACUGACUUCUUCUGACAAGAACAUCACACUUAAAAACCUCCAGAUCUGGCUCCAUAGAGUCCAGAUGUAAGGCACACCUAUGCACCCACAGAGGAGAAAAACCAUAAGAUCGUGACCGGUGUGGGAAGGCUUUCAGAGAGAGAGAGAUAGAUAGAUACUUUAUUAAUCCCGAGGGAAAUUCAAGUAUUCAGCAGCUUUGCAUACAGUACAUUACAAAAAACAGACAGACCCCCACAAAACAAACGUAAAAACAGUGGGUUUAUAACCAGGUUGACAUUAAGGUUAGUAUAUAUACUUUAAAAUACUCUUGCUAAAGAACUACCUCUAAAAGAGCUUCAGAAUCAGAAUGGCCUUUACUGUCAUUUGACAGCACAGAGUACAUCAAACAAAAUUAAGAUCGAUGAUUAGGGACAUCGAGCCACUGCAAGUUCAGUCGCGCCACCACAGAACCCUUUUCUUCAAAAUUUGCAGUGAAAAACAGAGGAUAACGCAAGCACGAACAUAAGACAGGUCUCACACACUAUCCCCCAACUGCGUCACCACCCAUUGUAAUUCCUUCACGUUGUCACUCACCGCUCUAAAGUGCUCCUUAAUUUCGACCGACAGCAGCGGGGUCUCUUUGUGUGCUGCUGUCUUUCCAAUUUUGCGAUAGACCAGGGCAACUCCAAGACCAAUUAGAAGGUGUUCCGCUAUCAUAAAUCCAAAUAAGUAGAUGUCUUUGAUAUCCACUGACAGACGCACCACCCUCCACUUGUCCCAAGCGUCAAUGGUGUAUCCAGCUGCAAAAGUUCUGUGAGGGCAGGCGGGCUCCCCAGGGCCCAUCUUCCUGGGUGAAAAAAUCUUGUCAAUUGAGCUGAAUGACCAGUUGAUCAGUUCCAUAUUUGCUGUUCGAGAGCUCAGCAAGCAGGGGAUCCAAAAGUUAAAGUAAGUCAGAUGAGACAACUGCAAGGGCAAAUCAGUAGGAAGCAGAGUGGGGGAGGAAGAAACAGCAGGACAGCUCAGAAAACACGUCUGCUCUCUUUGAAGGACAGUCAGAAAGACUUCUGAUUGUAUUUACACAUUUCAGGGCAGUGAUAGAAAGUGAAACAGUGAUUGAAGUGAUCUACAGUGGUCUGAAAAGUAGGUGUAGUCCAACUACAGAAGGUGCUUUGGUGUUUUCCAGUGUCUUUGUAUCAGUCCUAAUGUGGUCCUGACAGAGACCCGGACCCCCCCCGACCACUCAGUGAUCAGUUGUCCAGUCUGAUGUCCAGGAGGAUGACAGAGUUCCUGAGCCUGUUAGUGGAGCAGGUCAGAGACGGCAGCCUGGAGCUGAACACACUCCUCUGUCUGAUCCCAGUCCUGUGCAGAGGAUGCUGGGGGUUGUCCAGGAUGGACACGAUCUUCUCCAGGUUCCUUCUCUCUGCUACUGACACCAGGGAGACUAGCUCUGUGCCCACCACUGAGCCAGCUCUCCUCACCUUGUCUGAGCCUUGUCUGCAUGAUGUUCUCACUGUCACGUUCACCACAAGAACUAGAUGUACCCAUGUGAUAAGUGCACCAAGAUCCUCUGGUCGUCCAACUUCAAGUGUCACCAACAGACUCAUACUGGACAGAAACCUUACCAGUGCAGAUUUUGUGACAGAUCUUUUAUCACAGGUUCAUAAUGUACCAAAGAAAAAUGUGCCAAAACUUUCCACAGAGGACACAAACUGAACAUACUGCUACUUAUUGACUUUGUGGACAUUUAAUCAGUCACUUGUUGUUGUGAUUCUGUUGCUGGUUGGGGUUCUCACCUGUUCAUUGUUCACAAAUGAAACCAGCUACUCCUGUAACAAUUUUCCACAAUUGUUCUGUGCAGUUUAAGUUCAAGAAAGGCAACACCGCCACAGUUAUAAAAUGAGAGAAAGCAAAGUAUUGCAGACCGCCUUUCUUUUUUCCAAAUGUUACUUUUUAUUAUGUGUAUUCAACAUGCUGUGGUGAGAUUUUUAUACUACUUUUUCCAAAAUUACACUUUUAUUGCAUGUAGAGUUUAGGACUUUGAGAUUUUAGGCAUUUGAUUCGUUACCACGAAAUUAGUGUUUUUGGGGGGGGGUUUUUUGUUUUUGUUUUUUUGAUGAUUUUACUUGGAACUGGAUAAUGAAAAUUACAGAAAGUAAAGAAAUUUAUACCUACUUUAAGGUACCUUUUCCAAAAUGUUUGUAAAUUAUAGAUAACUAUGUGAACUUUGCAUGUCUUUUUCUUUGAUCCAUUACUGACAACUCUCUUACUUGCACUAAAUAUUCUAAUAAUCCAUCCUGAGCACAUGGUUCCAUAACAUUGAAGUUUACCAAGUGUACACAAAUAUGAAUUAACAUCAACUUAUGUAUUGAUGAAGAACAGGGUGGGUCAGAAUUACUAAAAUGUAUUCCCUUUUUUUGAAUUUAUUAGGUGUGUGGAACAAACAUUGGGCGCAUGUCCAACAGAAAUUUUGGUUCCACUGAAUUAUCUAGAAUUUUUUUAAUCCAGUUUCCUUCAAAUCAUCCUCACAAGAAUACCUAUGUGAUUUCAUGGCCUAUAGAUACCUGUAGGAAGUAGUGGUUUUCUUCUGCUGCCAUGCAGAGUGGUGGCUUCCUCACACUCCUACCAAAUGAGGUAGAGAAUUGGGUGGAGGCUUCUGUGUCUGACUUUAUCUGAUGGACUGAAUGUUUGAGUUCCCUCCUGAGGAGAUGAGCAGUGAGACUGAAGUUCCAGCAGAGUGCACAAACUGUCAUCUUUUGUUAACAAUGAGAAAAGAAUAACAUUAAGGUACUCAAUUUGACCUUUUUCUUGUAUUAGCUAUGUUGUAUAUAAUAAAGUUGUAACUGGAAACUUA